AUGACUAAAAGUUUUUCUCGAGUACAUUGCUACUUUAUUCGUCAUGGAGAAUCCGAAGCCAAUAUUCAAAAUAUUUAUAUAUGUGGUCAAAGUAUUUCAUGUCCAUUAACUUCAUUAGGAAAAGAACAAGCUGUUCUUUUAGGCAAACGAUUAAAAUAUGAAAAUAUGAAAUUUGAUUAUUUUCUAUGUCCAACUGCUAUUCGUGCAAAACAAACAGCAGAUAUUGUUUUAGAAAUAAUGAAUAUUGAUACAUCAAAAUUAAUUAUAUCAAAUGCACUUUUAGAACAAUCUCAAGGUUUAUGGGAAGGAAUGAAUCGUCUUGAAUGUUAUACAGAUGAAAUUAUGAAAAAACUGGAUGAAUUACAUAUGGAAUUUAGUGCUCCAAAUGGUGAAUCAAUACGAAUGGUACAAAAACGUGCUAUUACAUUUUUAGAAUUCUAUAUUGAACAAGCUAAAAAACAAAGUAUAGAAGAAAAUAGAGAAAUAUCAAUUGUUAUUUUUUCACAUGUUCAUUUAAUUCGUGCUGUAUUACAAUAUUAUUUACAAAGUAAUCCAAAAUAUACAUGGCUUAUUAAACAAAAUAAUACAGCAAUUAGUGAAAUUGUUUUUAAUCAAUAUGGAAUAUCAUUAGUUAAAGUUAAUGAUACUGGUCAUUUAAAAUUUUUAAUGCCAGAAUCAUUAGAAAAAAAAUUGAUAUGA